AUGAAGUUUAUAGUCUUAGUAUGCCUUGCUUUGAUAGUCACAGCAAAUGACUAUGAAUUACUUUCUGAAUUAUCCCAAUAUGAAUUUGGAAAAACAAUCAUAGCAACAAUGCAAAUCUCCCUUUCAAGUGAAGACUCAAAUAUCGAUGGAAUCGUACAUCAAUUGAAAUCCAUGUAAACUAAUGCAUAAGGUGACUUAGAAGAAAAUACAUAGAAUUUGAGACAUUAACAAGAACUCUGCAAUCUUCGUUUUGAUGAAAUUUAAGGUGUUAUUGAUUCUGCUUCAGCAAAAAAGGCAUCAGAUGAACAAUCAUUCCCACUUAGACAAGAAGAAUUGAUUGCCAAGAAUUAAUAACUUAAAGAUAAAGUAGGAUAAGAUUAAAAAAUCAAAGACAGAUUAUCUACUUUGGAUAAGACAAGAGAAGAAGAUAAAAAAGCAUUUGAAGCUAAAUAAACAGAAUCUGUUGAAUUUAUUUAAGGAUUGAAGAAAGCCAAAUCAAUUGUUUCAUAACUCAAUAGUUCUUUUAUCUAAGUUGCUGAUGUUAAGGCUAAAUUACAUAAACAUUUGGAAUCCUUACAUAAUAAACAAACACCUUAUAAUGGACUCGUCAAGAUGUUAGUAGCAGCAUCAGGAGAUGAAAAUGUUUCUAAAGUUGUUUAAAUUAUUGAUGAAUUAAUUGAAUCUUUGGAACAUUUAUAAAAGGUUGGACAUCAAGGAGAAAAAGCCAAAGAAGAACUUUAUCUCUUAUAAAAAGCAAGAUAUGAAUUAGAGAGUAAGACUCUUGAAACAAGUUUGGCUGAUUUGAAUGCAGAUGCUGAAAAAUUGAGAUAAAACUUGCUAGAAUUAAAAAAUGACAUUGAAUCUAAAGGAUAAUUAUUAGAUGUUAAAAGCUAAGAAAAAGCUGACUGGUAAAAGACUUGUGAUGAUGAAUUGAAAGGUCACUAAAAUAUGAGAUAAUAAAAAAACACUGAGCUUGGAAUCAUCAACGAAUGCAUUGAAAUUUUCACAAGCAGAUUCAACGAUGGAAUUAAGAGUUACAUUCAAAAACUAGAAAUAUGAUUCAAAUAUAUAAACAAAUCAAAACAUUAUUAUAUUACAAUUUAUAU